AUGAAGAUCUUCCUAGUACGAAUACGCGAGCGGCUUGACGGUUCGUUGUAUAUCGAGCGCAAACCCCAUGCAACCACCGAUGAUGAUUACAUCGCGAUAUCCCAUGUCUGGGGAACCCCAGACACCGUCCAGAAGUACGUGGUGGACGGUAUCGCAUGGAAGGUAUCAUUGAGCCCCGGGAAACAAGAUAUCCUGCCUCUCCUCCGGCGUAGUGACAUCUGCGGCGACGGCUGGUUUUGGAUGGACUUGUUCUGCAUCGACCAGUCCGAGUCGUCCUCUAUCAGCAUCUCCGACCAACUCAUGGCUAUACCCUCGAUAUACAAGUGCAGCCGGUGUGUCAAAGUCCUACUCGAGAGCCCCGUGUGCGAACAGUGGCAGGAGACUGCCAUGCGGGCCUUCGAGCAAGGGCCGAUCAACGAACAAGGGUUCCAGGAGGAAGAGCUAGCCCACGGAAGUACAUGCCCACACCUUGCAUUUACGGAUCCUUGGUUCGAGAGGCUUUGGACGCGACAAGAAGGCUUGUAUGCGCGCGUGAUGGAUUUUAUUGUCCUAAAACCGGUCCCGUGUAAGCGCAAGCGCCGCGAUCCCACUAGCGACUGGAUCUCACACGGAUCCCUCCUGGCACAUCGCUUCAGGGCGGAAACCUUUCUCAUGGACAAGCUUGCCUACCAUGGAGUAGAACCUUCGACGGCAGAAGGGUCGCUAUUCUCCAUCUAUUUCGACGUUAUCUAUAGACGCUGCGUCAACAUAGCUGCUUAUGAUUGUGAGCCGGGGCCUGAUCCUAAGUACAACCCUAUCAGGGAGGCGUGGAGGAGCUUGAGAAGCACGGCCAAAGCGCGAGAUUACGUGCUGGCGGUCUUUCCGGAUGUGAAUGGGUACAAGGUACCGGCUGGGGCCCGAAAAAUGAAUUUCCCCGACCUUCUGCUCGAUGCCAUCCACCAACCGGCAGUAAGUGCACACUUUCAAGUUGCGCCAAAAGUCCCACGAGGAGUAGUCUCUUCGUCUGUAAAAGCUACAGAAAGCAUCCUUCCGUGGCUCGUCGAUAAGCCCUUCAACAUCGGCGAGGCGUACGACACAUUCACUGCAGAUACGACACGCUCAGGAGAAAAGACACGGAAUUUCGCCGUUCCUGGUAAUGUCGAGUUAGAAGAUAUAAACGCCACUUCUUCCGGGCUGGAAACUCUCAGGAACGACUGGAAACGCACUGCGAAUAUCAACCGGCAUGUGAUACUUCUGUCUCCCUCUGGCCCAUGCACCGGCAGUACCCGGCAAGAUCCCAAUGAAGUCGUCGGCCUCCUGCAGCAGCAUUUUGCUCAGGAGUUCAUGCAAAUUUCUGUGUCAGGAUACCUGCCUCCUGAGAAGAUGGACAUGUUAGAGUUUCGAGCCAACAAGAUCCUCCCCUUCAAUAAAAUAGCAGAGGUUCCUGAGGAUGUUUUUGCGCGUGAGCUGAAGCGCUUUCUGGCCUGCCUUAUAUGUGGGGUAUCAUUGACAAUUGCAGAUAGAGUACUAGAAAUGGCAGAAGUUGUGCGUGCGGUGACGCCGCACGGGUCCUUGUUAGCUAUAAUCCACAGAGAAACGAGGUUGGCGGCUCGACAAGACCAGUUUAUACUCGUAUGUAGCUCGCUGUGGGAUCUGCAAGGCUUCAGUAUUGGUUUGAAGAUUAGUGGUGGGAUAUCGGUUAGGGGGCGGACCAUGAUUCCAAAUAGCAGCGUCUGGGACUCCAUUGAAGGACAAGUCGCAAAGAAAUAG